GUAUAUAUAUAUAUAUAUAUUAAAGAAGAGUACUUUGGUUUGCUAUGGUAUUAGUGCAUAUUAAAUAAUGACCUACAAAUUUAGACUCCAUGUCAAAUAAAUAUAACUUUUCUCUAUAUUGUUCCCACUUUUUGACUUGAAUUUGAUUUGAUUUGAAUUUUGCUGCCUGAUCCUCAUAUCACAUGGUGUGUAUUUAGCUUUUUACAGUUAGUUCAUUAUUACCAUGUUGUACAACUCAAACACACUUAACCACCGUUUGUACAUUCCUUAUGUUAAAGGUGCACUAAGCAAUAUUUGAAAAACACUUUUGACCACAGUGUCGGACAGAGUCCCAAAACACACUUGUAGCCAAUCAGCAGUAAGGGGGCGUGUCUUGUAAUGAUAGAGAGAGAAGAGAGCACUCAAUUUGAAUGCACAGGACGGAUAUUAGCAGAUUGACUAUAGAUAGAGAGAGAUGGCAGAUAAAAAAACAUUAAAUUAUUUGUAAGAAACAAAACAUUAAAAAGAAGGGUUACGAUCAGGCAAGAGGUAGGUCCCGCAUAAAUAUCGGAGCAGCUUUCCAGCGGUGGAGAGAACUGAAGGAGCGGGAAGGCCUGAAAGCAGACGCCAAAAUUGCAUUGUUUCUUCUUGAUAGAGGUGAGGUCGGAGAUCUUUUCCUCAGAAUCCAAAACUCAAAGAUCAGACCAAGCAAUGGAUCUGGGCUUGGCCGAAGACCAUUUCUCUCGACCUGUGGGUUCGUUUGUGGCAUCUGAUGUAGAGCAGCUAAAACAGGCCAUAGCAGAGUGCAAGAGACUGAUCCUGGAACUGCCAGAACAUUCAGAGAAACAGAAGGACACAGUCGUCAAACUGAUCCACCUUCGGCUGAAACUUCAGGAAUUAAAGGAUCCAGAGGAAGAUGAGCCGAAUCUGCAGGUUCUAUUAGAGCAUCGAUUCUCAAAGGAGAAGAGCAAGAGUGUCAAACAGAUGUGUGACAAGUGUAGCACUAUCAUAUGGGGCCUCAUUCAGACCUGGUACACCUGCACAGGUUGUUAUUACCGUUGUCAUAGCAAGUGCAUGAAUCUUAUCAACAAACCAUGUGUGAGGUCAAAGGUCAGCCAUCAGUCUGAGUAUGAACUCAGCAUCUGUCCUGAAGUUGGUCUAGACAAACAGGACUACAGAUGUGCUGAAUGUCGGACACCCAUCUCUCUACGGGGUGUUCCUAAUGAGGCACGGCAGUGUGAUUAUACAGGUCAGUAUUACUGCAGCAGCUGCCACUGGAAUGACACAGCCAUUAUUCCAUCUAGAGUCAUACACAACUGGGAGUUUGAGCCCCGUAAGGUGUGCCGUACAUCAAUGCGCUAUCUUGCUUUGAUGAUGUCCAGGCCUGUGCUCAAACUGAAGGAAAUCAACCCUCUUCUCUUUAACUUUGUGGAGGAGCUGGUGGAAAUCAGAAAAUUACGUCAGGAUAUAUUGUUAAUGAAGCCAUAUUUCAUCACCUGUAAGGAAGCCAUGGAGGCCCGACUCCUGCUGCAUCUUCAAGAUCGCCAGCACUUUGUGGAGAAUGACGACAUGUACAGCCUACAGGAUCUGAUUGACACCUCCAGCGGGCAUCUCAGCUGUUCCCUUACUGAAAUUCACACAACUUUUGCCAAACAUAUUAAACUGGACUGUGAGAAAUGCCAGGCCAAAGGCUUCAUGUGUGAAUUGUGUAAAGAGGGUGACAUUCUCUUCCCAUUCGACAACCACACCUCCGUCUGUCAUGACUGUUUUGCUGUUUUCCACAGGGAUUGUUACUAUGAUAACUCGACCACAUGUCCACGCUGUGCAAGAAUGCUGGAACGGCAACACGAGGAGUCUCAGAACCCGUAGAUGAGCCGGACAGAUGGAUGCAUCACAAAUACUGUGAAAUAUCUUCAGAGUCAGAACUUGUCUUAUAUUCAGUUUAUUUGUUCUUGAUGUUUUAACCAUGCUUCUGUCAGCUUCUGAACUGACAUUGAUUGAAGUGUCAGCAUAGCAGGAAAACCUCACAUUUUGAAAACUAUAUUCCCAUAAAUAUAGAACUUGUUACUGUUACAGUUCUUUAGUCCAAAGAGAAAUCAUCCGUGUCAAACUUUAACAAUGGCAUGUUCCUCUUAAGAAUGUGACUGUGAAAUCAAUUUGAUGUCUUCCUACAUGUAAUCCUGGGUAGCAUGCUUUUUAAGGGACAAGGAAAAAAAAAUACUACAAGGCUACACUAUGUUCUGCUUUAUAGUUAUAUCCCCAUAAUACACUGUGGUUUAAUGUAGUAGAUAAUAUGCUGAUAAUUAAUUAUAUAUGAUAAUUAAUGUUCUAGAACAAAUGCUGUGCAACUAUUUCUGGUUUAAGAUUAUCUCAGAAUGGAGUCUUCUGUAAUGCAAUUACCUGGUGUAAAACUGUAUGCUAUUAAAUGACAGAAUGCUAUUUAAUUUUCUCUGUAAUAACUGUGCAAGACAACAUAUAAAGUGUUAUGAAGUCCAAUAUCAAGAUAUCUUCACACAAAGCAUGAAUAAAACAAAAAAAAAUGGAACAUG